GGCUAGAGAAAUGAGGGGCCCGGUUCCCUGAUGGAAUGGAAGGAAGAUCAAGAUGUACUCCUCCUAUCCUCCAGGAAAAACCCCUAAGAAGUCCUCCAUCCCCGGAGUGAGCAUCCGGCAGCUGGUGGACGAGAUCCCCGAAGGCUGCAGUACACCAGAUUUCAAGCAGAAGCCUGUCACCUUGGCUCUACCAGAGGGAAAGAAUGCCAUCUUUCGGGCGGUGGUCUGUGGGGAGCCCAGACCCGAAGUGCACUGGCAGAACACCAAAGGAGACCUCAGCAACUCCAGCAAGUACCAGAUCUCCUCUGCUCCUGACAGCAAGGAGCAUGUGCUGCAGAUCAACAAGCUGACUGGAGAGGACUCGGAUCUGUACCGCUGCACUGCAGUGAACGCCUUCGGAGAAGCCACGUGCUCCGUGAGGCUCACCGUCAUCGAAGUGGGUUUUCGGAAGAACCGAAAAAGGCAAAAGGAACCUCAGGAGGACCUCAGGACAGAGCUGAAGGACUUUCGGAAGAUGCUGAAAAAGAGGACCCCACCUCCAGCCCCUGAUAAAAAGAUGGAGUCUGCACAGGUGUGGCAGCUGCUCAUGACCGCGGACCGUAAGGACUAUGAGAAGAUCUGUAUGCAGCAUGGCAUCGUCGACUUCCGGGGCAUGCUGCGCAAGCUGCAGGAGAUGAAGAAGGAACAGGAGGACAGAAUGGCACAGUAUGUCAACGCCAUUGACAACUUGAGACACAUCAGGGUCACCAAGGAAGGGGUCGCCACGUUUGACCUGGAGCUGGAUCUCAAGGACCUUGAGAACAAGAUUUACCUGUACAAGGAUGGUGAGAUGAUCCCCUAUGGCUUUGAUAACCAGACCAAGCACUGUCUGAGACGGCUGGGGAAGCGCUACCACUUCCUGAUCCAGGACCUGCGGCCCGAGGAUGCUGGCCUUUACCAGGUCAUGGUGGAGGAUGCUGUGGUCUUCUCCACAGAGCUGGAGGCCAGCACCAUCCCCCCCAGAGUGGUGGUCCCGUUGGCAGAGACCCGCUGUGAGGAACAGGGGGACGCAGUCUUUGAAUGCACACUCUCCAAUCCUUGUCCCAAUGCGACCUGGCAUUUCCAGCACCGAACACUGAGGCUCGGUGACAGAUACGAAGUUUCUGUGUCCCCUGAUGGGCUGACCCACCGGCUGGUUGUGAAGGGCGCCAGUUGCUCAGAUAUGGGCCUCUACUCCCUGAACGCUGGACUCCAUGCCUCCAGUGCCUGGCUCAUGGUUGAAGGAGGGAAGGAUAAAGGCCCUCAGACCACAGAUACUGAGCACCGACUGCAAAGCAGGAGAGAAACCCAAGAGGGAAGGCCAGAUGUCUGUGGCCAGGGACAAGAUGCUACCCAGAGCCCCAGAUCCAGAUACAAGCCUGGCCCUGGCUCUUCUACGAAGGCCCGAGGCUCCAUGGACCACUUCUCUCGGGGUCUGGUGGAUACGGAGGUGCAUCAGGGGGAAGCUGCCAUACUUUCCUGUACCCUCACCAGUGACAUGGGACCUGGCACCUGGUUCAAGGAUGGAGUCAAGCUCACUGCCCAUGAUGGGGUCAUCUUUGAGCAAGAUGGGCUCACACACAGACUGAUCCUCACCCACGCGGAGGGCACCCAGGCUGGGAGAUACACUUUUGUGGCCGGCAGACAGCACACAGAGGCCAGCCUGACCGUGCAAGAUCCCCCCACCAUUGCUCCAGAUGUGACAGAGACACUGAGAGAGCCACUGGUGUUCAAAGCAGGGAAGCCCGUGACUCUGAAGAUCCCUUUCCAGAGCCGCCUUCCUGUUCAGGCUGUCUGGAGGAAGGAUGGGGAGGAGGUGGUGGGCAGCAACCGCAGGGACAUCCAGGUGGCCCUGGGGGAUGGCUACACACGGCUGUGCCUCCCCAGCGUGUGCAGGAAGGACAGUGGCCAGUACAGCGUUACCCUGAAGAGCGACGGAGGCUGCAUGCAGGCUGAAUUCACUCUGCACGUCAUAGACUUAACCCACUGGAGAGGGGAUAGGAACAUGCCCUCCUCCAGCUUCUCUGAUCCUUUCUCCUUCUGCUCCUCUCCAUGGGUCCUCAGACAAGCCUCAGCCCCACAGGGACCCCUGGAGGUACAGGACUGCCGCAGAGCAGGUGUCUGUCUCCGCUGGCGGCCCCCGAGGGACGACGGCGGCCAGGCCAUACAACACUACGUGGUGGAAAGGCGACAGGCUGGAAGGAGCACUUGGCUGAAGGUGGGCGAGCCCCCACCGGAGAGUACCAGCUUCACCGAUGCCAGCGUGGAGCAGGGCCGGAAAUAUGCCUUCCGUGUGCGGACUGUGACCUCAGAGGGAGCCGGGGACGCCCUGGAGUCUGAGGAGGUGUUGGUGGCUCCUGAGGAUCUCCCGGGCCCCCCUUCUGCCCCAGACAUCUUAUCAGCCUCCAGCCAGAGCAUCACUCUGACAUGGGCAGCACCACGGGGCCCCGGCAGCGCCCACAUCUUGGGCUACCGGGUUGAGAAGCGCAAGAAGGGGAGCAACACCUGGGUGGCUGUGAACGAGCAGCCCGUGUCUGAAAGGCGGUACACCGUGGCGGAUCUGCGACAGGGCUGCCAGCAUGAGUUCCGGGUUAUCGCUGUGGCUCCCUCAGGCCCUGGAGAGCCUGGGCCUCCAUCGGAUGCUGUCUUCGCUCGAGAUCCCAUGAGACCUCCAGGACCUGUUCGGGAUCUCCGGGUUACAGACAGAACAUCGAACACCAGCAUCACCCUGAGCUGGAGGAGGCCGGACACCCAGGAUAACGAUGAAGCCCACGGGUUCAUUGUGGAGUUGUGUGGCUCACACAGCCUUCAGUGGAGCCCAUGCCACGUGGGCACUGUGCCAGGCACCACCUUCACAGCCAAGGGGCUUCGGCCCCAAGAAGGCUACCUCGUGCGGGUGACAGCGGUCAAUGAUGGGGGCCACGGCCCCGCCACUUCCCUAGACUCACUGGUCCAUGCCGCGCCUGCUACCGUCUGUCCCAAGUUCCUCAUGGGCUACAGCACAAAGGAUUCGCUGAUGGUCAGGGUUGGAGACAGCAUUCGAGUUCCGGUCUCGUUUGAAGCUACCCCCAUGCCUGAGGUGACCUGGCUGAAAGAUGGCUUGCCCUUGCCCAAAAGAAGCGUGACCACCGUGAAGGACGGCCUCACCCAGCUUCUGAUUCCUGCAGCUAGCCUCUCGGACCGUGGCCGAUACACCGUGAUGCUGAGACACCCACAGGGGAAGGAAGCCGUCUACAGCUUCUCCAUCCGUGUGGCAGCAUGCCCACAGGCACCAGGAUCCAUCUACCUGCGGGAGAAUGUGCCUGGGACAGUGACGGUCCAAUGGGAACCCUCCCCGGACGAGGCUCAGGGCAUCCCCUUGCACUAUACGGUGCUGAUGCGUUCCUCAUCUCAUGGAUCCUGGCAUGAAGUGGCUGACCGCGUCCACACCAACCACUUCACCUUCCUGGGGGUCCUCCCUGGCCAUGAGUACCACUUCCGGGUGCUGGCCAAGAAUGAGCUGGGGGCCAGCAAGCCUUCAGACACCAGCCAACCCUGGUGUAUCCCCAGGCAGAGAGAGAGGUUCACCGUGAAGACGCCAAUAUACCGGGAACCCAACCUGAGCCAGAAGCCCCGCUUCCUGGUGGGUCUGCGGACCCACCUUCUGCCCCAGGGCUGCGAGUGCCGCAUGACCUGCGCUGUGCAGGGCUCACCCCGGCCCCAGGUCACCUGGUUCAGGAACGACCAGAGCUUGGACAGAAACCCUGCGCUGUACAGCACUGACGUGCUGAGUGUGUGCUCCCUCGUCAUCCCCAGUGUGUCCCUGAAGGACAGCGGCGAGUACAAGGCUGUGGCCAGGAACCCCCUGGGUCAGGCUGUCAGCACGGCCACCCUCAUUGUCACAGAAUACAACUCCUAGCCCCACUUGGCCUGGAAUCCUAGCCUAGCCCCACCCCACAGCCAUGAGAUGGAUGGGAACUCUCUGAAGCUUUACCCCUGAUGCCCACACUGGCCAAGGGAGCCAGCCCAGAAUGACAGUGGAUGUUCCUCUGCGAGACAGGAACAAGAGGGCUCUGGUCAGAUGUGACCAGAAGCGCUGAAAUCAUUGAAGAAGUAGAAUAAGGGUGAAGGAUGUGGUCUUAAGCUGAAUCAUGGCUCAGGGUGACCCUGGUGCUGUGGGUGUCUUUGUUCUCCACAUCUGGAUGAAGCUCCAGAGAGAAUGAUCCACAGGGGUGGCAGCUGAGCCCACUGUGACCACAGGAGAAAAGUCAUGGAGGGCAGAGGACCUGGGUGAAGGCAUCAAGGAUAUGUGUGUGGGGAAUCCCUGUACUUCAUUAAAACAGCAGGCUAAGAAA